CCUCGCUGACGCUAAAAGAGAGGCACUUCGAGCAUAAACUGGACGUAAAAGCGAACAAGCUGAAUUUCCAGCGGUUUAACCUUUAAUUGAGCUUCAGGGACAUGAUUUCUUCCGUGUAGUGAGCCGACUUCUGACCGUCGGGGUAUCGUUGCCUUCGACUCUUAUUGUGAAGGACUGGAGCCAAGAAACGACGGUUAAUUCUCACCCCAAGGGGCUAUUUUCAACUCUCCCGUUGCCACCGAUGCAUCUGACGAGGCCAAAGUCCUCCAAAGGGCGAAGCAGACCGUCUGUUGACGACUCUUCGCAUUCCGGCGGCGUCGACGCCACACGGAGUGUGCAAUCUGUGUCUCCAGAUUGUCCCGCGUCCAGCAGGCCGAGCAGAUCCCUGCGCUCCCAGUCCCAACCCACUAUGAGGAGGCAGGAGGACGGGGCCCUGCCGGUGCUGCAACACGCUCCCGACGCUCCGCCGCCGCCCUUAAACAAGUACACGGUUCUCCCGUCCAUAGGCGGAAGGCAGUCAGGUGUCAGUCCCGGCAAAAACACGUCCACGCGGCUGUCUUACGCCGCUGUCCUGCAGCGCGAUCGGCCCACGAGGGACAGGGACACGACCCGGACCAGCGGCUCUGAGGUGGGCGGGGGGGCUGGGCCUAAGCCCCUCGACCGGGCACCGACUACGACAGAGGAGAGGGGCAGUUUGCUGCUGGCCAUCCGGGCGCCGUGCGGUAGGAGGUUUGAGCGGCACUUUGACCCCACGGACACGCUGCUGGCGGUGAGAGCCAGCGCGGAGCUCAGGUACGAAGCCGAGUACGGAGGCGCUUCCAUCGAGACCAUGGACGUGCCACGCAGGACCUUCACGGACAUGGGCAUGAGCUUGGCCCAGUGCGGCAUCUUGAACAGAUCGCUGCUGUGCAUCUCGCAGGAUUAAAGUGCACGAGUGAACUUAAAUGUUGCGUUUGUUCGUGUUGUUAGAUGUGACCUUUAACUUUGGGUGUUUGAGCGUCACGUUGCAGAAUGAUGCAGGAGUUGAUGAGGUCGAAGACAUUUUGUGUCCAGCAGUUCAUGAGAUUAAAAAAGAAGAAGGUUGGAUUCGGCCCAAUGUGGGACAAUCAGCAACGGUCACAUUUAUUUUUCUGAAUCUGCAUUCACGAUCAUAUUUUUCAGAGCAGUUAGAUCCACUAAUGUAAGUUGUUUUGCUGCACCUUUGCUCAGAACACUAUAAAAAAGGUAUCCCGGGUGGCCUUAUAUAUCCACAGUUGGCCUGUGAGGACAUUUCAAAUUACAAGUAUACUUUAUUCAUUCCAAAUAGGAGGUAAUUAGUAAAUUAACAAAUUGUCUGCAGUCAGUUAUCAAUAUCAAGAAUCUUGUAUUCAAUACUAAAGCAUAAGAGAAACAAAAUACAGGUUGUUGCAUUAAUCGUAGUUUCUGUUGUGAAUGUUCUGAUAUGCCAAAUAUGGUUUGAACAGUACAGCCAAUAGAUGGAGAACUAUUGACUCAACUUUUAUCACAACUUCUAAAAUGGGUACAUAACUAGUUAAUCCUGUGAAUGAUUAUUGAUUUUGCAGAUUUGUAUGUGCUGAGCAACUAGUUGGGAUACGGUAACUUGCAGAGACACUAUAGUAGUUAGUGCACCAUGACCAGGACAGCUGUGGGUCUCUUUCACAGAGGGGCUAAUGACACGCCACAGAGGUUAAAGCACAGGCAUAAUUAUCAAAAUUAGCAGUGACACCCGUCUCCUUAGCAACACUGGUUCUUUUCUUAGAGUCAAAAUGACAUUCAUACUGAAUGGAUCCAUAAAAUCCUUUCUAGAUAGAUGAAAGCUGUGUGAGGAGUUAAGGUAAGACAAUAUGAAGUCGAUCUGCUCACUCUGGCAACGGAAGAGAGAGAAUUUAGAAGUUACAAGUUACCUGUGUUUUGAACAUAUUCUACAUUACCUGAAAAAAAAAUACAUUUUUAUUAAAUAUUGUUUUAUAAAA